AUGGCGCCUGUAUCCCGGUCCCGUUAUCCUGAGGAUUCCCCGGGCUCUCGGAGACGGAAACGGAGACGCAGCUCAUCUGGGAGCCCGCCAUCCGCGCAAGCCAGACGCUCCUCUCGGAGGGGCCGCUCCCGCUCUCAGCCCCGGGACCGUGAGGGCCUAAGGCCUCCAUGGGGUGUGUCGGGCGUCGGCGCUCCUCACACACUUAGAUGCUCUGGGUCGCGAGAGCGACUCCCUGGGCUCCGCAACUACAUUUUUUCAACUUCCUCUUCUGUCUGUUAUGACGGAUACCGCUACCAUCAUCACCACUAUGCUGGCAACCGGCAGUGGGCUGAAGACUAUGAAGAGGAGAGGGAGGAGAGCCGUCGUCAGAGACGGCUGAAAGAGAGAGAGAGGAUUGGGGAGUUGGGAGCCUCUGAGGUAUGGGGUCUGUCUCCAAAAUGCCCUGAGCCAGAUUCUGAUGAACAGACUCCAGUUGAGGAUGAAGCAAAGACUCAGAAGAGCAGCAGUUCAGAUUCUAGCUGGGAAGAAGAGAAAAGGAAAAAGAAGGCCAGUCAUUCAAAAAACAAGAAAAAAAGAAAGAAGAAGUCAUCCAGAAGAAAACAUAGGAAGUAUUCUGAUGCUAGUGACAGCAGUUCAGACUCUGACACUAAUUCUAGCUUUGGUAAUGAUAAAAAGAGAGCCAGAAAGGCCAAGAAGAAAGAGAAGAAAAAGAAGCACAGAACCAGAAAAUACAAGAAAAAGAACAGUAAGAAGACUAAAAAAGAAUCUAGUGACUCAACCUGUAAGGAUUCAGAAGGGGAGUUGCCAGAAGAUAUGUGGAUCGAGCAGUCAAAGAUUGCAGAUACCAUGGGUUUAGUAGGCCCAGAAGCACCUAUAAUACACUCCUCUCAAGAUGAGAGACCUCUGAACUAUGGCCAUGCUCUACUCCCAGGUGAAGGUGCAGCUAUGGCUCAGUAUGUAAAAGCUGGAAAGCGUAUCCCACGAAGAGGUGAAAUCGGGCUGACAAGUGAAGAGAUCGCGUCAUUUGAAUGCUCAGGUUAUGUCAUGAGUGGUAGCAGGCAUCGCAGAAUGGAGGCUGUACGACUGCGGAAAGAGAACCAGAUCUACAGUGCUGAUGAGAAGAGAGCCCUUGCAUUCUUUAACCAAGAAGAGAGACACAAGAGAGAGAAUAAGAUUCUAGCCAGUUUCCGAGAGAUGGUGUACCGAAAGACAAAAGGGAAAGAUGACAAAUAA